GCAGGAUUCGACAACAUAAUGCCGGACGGCACAAAGGAGGGGCGAAGAGGACCAGUGGAAGAGGACCAUGGGAGAUGGUCCUCAUCAUCCAUGGCUUCCCGUCUGACAUCGCUGCCUUGACAGAGGUGUGUUGGGGGAUCAAGCCGGGACACGCCGAUGCUACACGUCACACUCGGCCUCACCUUGCGCUUCGAACCAGGAAGCUCACAUCGACACGCGUGUGUGCUAAUUUGCAACACCUUGGGGUGCAAUCGAAAGCGGAAAUGGAGUUUUAACCGCAAGCGGUCAAGUCAAGUCCUUCGAUCUUUGCUGCCGUUUGAAGCGCACCUGCCCUCUCAAGUCCAUCCAGAUGUUGCGCUAGAACAUCAUGCUGGAAUCUCCGGAGCCGGGCCUGGAGGUGGAAAAGUGGCUUUUUACUCUCCGCCUUCCCCAGUACGCGUCGUGCUUGUGGCGUGGAGGCUACCGAUCUCUGGAAGACUGCGCGGACCUCACGGACGAACGCCUCCGGGAGCUUCGCGUCCUACCGACUGGGCACCGGAAGCGCAUCCUCCGCGGUUUAGAGGCGGUGGGCGUCCAGAAGCGAAGAGAGGAGGAGACAAGGAAACCGCCGCUCUACCCGAGAAAUAUCUUCCUGGACGAUAAAAAAAGAGGAGGUUCUUGUCAGGGCUAUCGUUCAAAAGAAUGGCAGGCGUCGGAAGGAGGAGGGAGUCGGACCUUGCCUCCUGGAUCGGGCCUUGGAGCACAAAUGGAAGAAACUGGCUUGCGGAAUAUCCCGGCGUCAGAGUUGUCUUCGGCCAGCAGCACGGAGUCACUUCCGGAAAUCCGAGAGAUUUCCCCAGAAGACUUUGCACCUUCUCCAAAUGAUGUCCCAACCGAGGAACAAGGGUCACCUCCGUGCAGCAUGGUGGACAACGCCAUCUACCAGGCCCAGCCCGCGGUCACUAAAGGCCCACGACCGACCCGCUCUUACCGACUGAGGCACCGACCGGUACCUGACAUCCCGCAGCAAGACAGAUCCGAAGACAAGGACUCUUGCGUGGUGACGGACCCAAACCCUUACGAAGAUGAAUACUCCACGGUGGAAGAGUGCAGCGGUCUCUUGCCGAGUUCUUCACAAAGCGUGCCCGAGUACGACACUGUUGGCCCGGCGGACGACUCUGCGAUCAUGGUGGACUGCGACCUCUACUCACAAGCUCUCCGGAGUCCCGUGGACCACCUGCCUGAUAUUUCCCCGUACGCUUGCUUUUACGGUGCUGCGGAACAUCAGGUGCGGAAGAUGGGCUGGCUUGAUAAGCUUUCACCUCAUGGGAAAUGUGUCUUUCAGCGGCGUUGGGUACGCUUCGACGGCGAAAUCCUGGCGUACUACAACAGCGACAAGGAAAUGUACUCCAAAGGGAUGAUCCUUGCCACCGCCAUCCGACAGGUGCGGACUCUCGGCGACAACAAGUUUGAGGUCGUCACCUCUCUCCGGACCUUCAUAUUCCGAGCCGAGAAAGAAGGGGAGCGCCGCGAGUGGAUGGCGUGCCUUCAGUCGUCGGCGCGGCCUCCCGCCCGCGGCUCCGGGACGCGCCGAAGCUUGCGCCGCCGUGUCUCCGCCAACAAGCGCGGCGUGCUGGAGGUGCGCGCCUACAAAGGCAGGGUUCUGGUGUCCCUGGCGGGGAGCAAAGUCAGGCUUUGCAAAACGGAACAGGACUAUGAAGCGGGCCUGGCUAUCUGCGAAGUGGAGCUAACGGCCGCCAACGUGCGCAACGUGGACCGACGGGUCUUUGAGAUCAACACGCCUUUCAAGAACUUUUGCUUCGUGGCCGAGUCUGAACGGGAGAAGCUGGAGUGGAUCGAAGCGGUUCGGGAAUCCAUCACGGAGACUCUAUGUGACUACGAAGUGGCCGAGAAGAUUUGGUUCAACGAGGCCAACCGCAGUUGCGCCGACUGUCGCGCCGAGCAGCCCGAAUGGGCGUCUCUCAACCUGGGUGUGAUCAUCUGUAAGAAGUGUGCAAGGCAGCACGGCUCACUCGGUCCGAGUGUCUCCAAAGUGCAGAGCUUGAAGUUGGACAGCAGCAUCUGGAGCAACGAGCUAGUGGAGCUCUUCUUGGAAGUAGGGAACCAAAAAGCCAACGCUUUCUGGACAGCUCAUCUCCCCUUAGAGGAAGACCUCAACUCCGGCGCUUCCAACGAGCGCCGCGCAACCUUCGUCCGAAGGAAGUACCGUGAGAGGAAGUAUCGCCGCGUGCUUGAGGGCCUUCACGACUCGGAGCAGCUCAACAAAGCGCUGUGUGCCGCCGUGGUCACGCCCGACGUGCUGCGGACCAUGGAGCUGGUCUUCAGCGGCGCAGAUGUUAUGUGCGCCACUGGGGAUCCGACCUCCUCCACGCCGUACCUCUUGGCCCAACGUGCCGGCCAAAGGCUGCAGAUGGAGUUUCUGCAUCAGAACAGGCUAUUGGAUUUCCCAACUUCCGAGAGCACGUCCCCCUUUGAAGCGUCCCCCUUCAUGGACGGUUUCCUCUACAUCUCCCCGGGCCCGGGCAGGACGCCGCCGGAUCGCCGCAAAGGAUACGAUACGGCGCGUCGAUGGUGCACGCUGGAGGGCGGCUUCCUGACGUACUACGAGACCGCCGAGAGUCCCGCGGCGGUCGGCCGGGUGGCUGUCGCCGACGUGGUCAGCCUGGCUGUCUGCAACGUCGAGACAAUGACGGUGGCAGGGGCUGUGUUCACCGUGGAGGUGUACUGCAGCUCGGGGCGGACGCUCGUCGUCGGCGCAGAAACGCAGGAAACGCGGCGCGACUGGAUCCAGGCUCUGACAAAGUGCUUGAUUCCACCCAAAGUGGAAUCUCUGGUCCGGAAGGACAGCGAGCUGAUUGGCCGGCUUUUGUACAAGGAGGGUCACGACCUGUACCACUGGAGGACGGGUUGGUUCGUCCUUUCCGGGUCCGUCCUCCGCUUCGGCGCCAUCGACGGCGAGGGAGACGAGGAAGUGCUUCAUCUCAAACGGCUGCAGGAACUCACCGUCACCACUCAAACCGAAGGCGAAGAGAAGAUGCAAGUGCUGCUGAUGGUGGAGAGUGGAAGGACCGUUUACAUCCACGGUUUCAACGCGGUUGACUUUGCGCUGUGGCGCUCGGCCAUCACGCAGGCGGCUGGCAACGACGGCAAGGCGCUUGGCGACCAGCAGCUCACCAAAAACGGCGUCCCUAUCGUUGUGGAGAGUUGCAUCGCGUUCGUCACGCAGUACGGGUUAUGUCAAGAGGGGGUCUACCAGCAACCGGGUGAUCCCAACGGGGUGUCCCGACUCUUGGAGGAGUUCACACUUGACGCCCGUCACGUCAAACUGAGGAGCAAAGAGCGCCGCCUAGAGGACGUGACCGAUACCUUGAAGAGCUUCUUAUCGCAAGCGGAGGACGCACUCUUGACCAAGGAGCUUUAUCCCUACUGGGUUUCAGCUUUGGAUGAGGAAGACAAGAGCCGGAGAGUUCAAAAGUAUUCCACUUUUAUCGAAAGUUUGCCUAAAACCAACAGGGCAACCCUCGGUGCUUUGCUCCAACACUUGUUCAGGAUUCAGCAAUGUUGCCACCUCACCGGCAUGACGAGUGAAAAACUGGCUUCGGUUUUCUCCUCCUGCUUGUUCCAGACGCAGGGACCGACGCCUAAGGAGAUGGGCGUGGUCCGCGACCUCAUCGAUAACUACGUUACGCUCUUCAAUGUCAAUGAAGAGCAGGUGCAACAGAUGGAGAGGGAGAAUAGUUUCAUCACCCGCUGGAAUGACAAAAAGGACACCACAUUUUCGCCAGCCGGUGACUUGAUUUUCGAGGUUUACUUGGAAAAGCGAGGCCCGGAGAAUUGCUGUUUAAUCAAGGUUUGGCCUAGCAUGCGCUCGGCGGAGCUCGCGGAGACGGCCUUGAGCAUGCGCAAUAUCCCUUUUGACGCUGCGGACGCGUGGACUACAUUUGAAGUCAUCGAGAACGGAGAGCUGGAGAGGCCGUUGCAUCACAGUGAGAAGAUUCUGGAGCAGGUGUUGGAGUGGAGCACGCUGGACUGCCCUAGUUCGGCUUUUCUGGUUUUGAAGAAGUUCGCCAAGGCAAAAAGUGAGGACAAAGCAGAGCCCAAGGAGCUUUUUAAAGGCGAGCAUCUGAAGUUCAACGACGGCUGCUCCAAACUGCUCUCCGGGCACAAGUUCCAGGACAAAUACGUGGUGCUGCGCGCUCAGAAACUCUUGCUCUACAGAGAUAUCAAAACUACAAAAGCCGAGAAGGUGAUCCAUCUCAAGGCCGCAAAAUGCUAUCUGGGCCUGAAGAAGAAGCUCAAGCCUCCCAGCAGCUGGGGCUUUACUGUCUACACGGAGAAACAACAUUGGCAUUUCUGCUGCGAGGAGAGGGAAACGCAGGUCAGCUGGGUGACCGACAUCAUCAGGAUGAAGUUCGGCUCUGACCUCUGUUCCGACCCGGGGGACGUGCCGCUUCACGCGUCUUCUAAAGUGGGGACGCGCCUGCAGCAAAACGCCGCUUUGGGCAGACAGGUGUCAGACAGGCGUACUUCCUUUCCUGAUACUCCGAAGCCAACGGGCCUGCGUCGGAGUUCCGUCAUGGAUCCGUGCCGGCCUUACCCGCAGGCCCCGCCCACUUUCCGGAAAAGUAGCAUUCAGCCGGGCGGGGGGGAGGGUAAGUUGCCCCUGAAUCUGCUGAGCGAGUUGAACACAGUGCUGAGCAAGAGCAAAAAAGUUGACCUAUGAAUACGGCAUAAAAAAUGGACAAAAAUUCACCUUCAUUUCGACAAAGCUUGUAAAUUGUCAUUUAAAAGUUUUGCUCUGACGAACUAUUCACUAUUUAUUCAGUAAUUAUUCAACAGUACCAUUUGGAGCGAGCUGCAUUUUUUGAACUGUUGUACCGGAAUAAUAAUAAAAAAAAAGUCCUGGACUGAAUGAAUGACUGAAUAAAGUGGCGCCUCAGUCUUUAAUAAUGCACACAGCAUGCUGAAAAUGCACACGUAGGCAAUUGUCACAUGGCUAUGAAUGAUUUAUUCAGAGCGUUUUUUCCUCUAAAUCGGAAACGGGCUUUCAACAGGAAUGAGAUAAUUGAUGAUUAUUUUCGUUCUUGUUUGUCACUAAUCGACGUCCGAUCCAUUUGAACUGGAAGGGCUGGCAAAUGGAUCGGACGUCGUUCAGGGACAGCUUUAUAAUUUCGAAUGGAUUUGACUUCUCACGACAUUAAUGGUACUGAAAACAUUUUUGGUGACCCAAAAACACAAAGAAAUCAACAGGAAGUGAUGUAAAAUUCUAGGAAGUGACCCAAAAUUAUAAAUGACCCAAUAAAAUGCCCCAAAAUCAACAGAAAGUGACCCAAAAUACCCCUAAAUCAAUCGAAAAUAACAGCAAAAUCAACAGAAAAUGACCCGAAAACCAAAAUUAACGGGCCGUGACCUAAAAUGAUUGGAAGUGACCUGAUACUGCUCCAAAAAUCAACAGAAAGUGAACCGAAAGUACAUAAAAAUCACAGGAAAGUGACUCAAAAAUGCCCCCAAAGUUAACAGUGACCAAAAAAUACACAUACAUCAACAAUAAGUGACCUGAAAAUACACUAAAUUCAACAAUGACCUAAAAUGAUAGGAAGUGACCCAAAAAUAGGCUAAAAUCAACAAAAAUUGACCUGAUAAUACACCAACAGUGAACAAAAAAUACACAAACAUCAACAGUAAGUCACCUGAAAUUAUAGGAAGUGACCCCAAAAAUGCCCCCAAAUCAACAGAAACGGACUCAAAAAUACAUAAAAAUCAACAGGCAGUGACCUAAAAUGAUAGGUAGUGACUCAAAAAUGCUCAAAAAUCAACAGAAAGUGACCCGAAAAUACACAAAAAUCAACAGUGACCUAAAAUAAUAGGAAGUGACUCGAUAAUGCUCCAAAAAUCAACAGAAAGUGACCCGAAAUACCCCCCAAUUCAGUCGAAAAUGACCCUAAGAUACACAAAAAUCAGCAGGCGGUGACCUAAAGUGAUUGGAAGUGACCCGAUAAUGCUCCAAAAAUCAACCGAAACUGAACCGAAAGUACAUAAAAAUCACAGGAAAGUGACUCAAAAAUGCCCCCAAAGUUAACAGUGACCAAAAAAUACACAUACAUCAACAAUAAGUGACCUGAAAAUACACUAAAUUCAACAAUGACCUAAAAUGAUAGGAAGUGACCCAAAAAUGCGCUAAAAUCAACAAAAAUUGACCUGAUAAUACACCAAAAUCAAGAGGGAGUGACCUUAGUGACCCCCAAAUAAAUCGAAAAUGCCCCAAAAUCAACAGAAAACGACCCGAAAAUACACAAAAAUCAACAGGCUGUGACCUAAAAUGAUAGGAAGUGACACAAAAAUGCCACAAAAUCAAGAGAAAGUGACCCAAAACUCUGCAGGAAUGUGACCUCAAAUUAUACGUGACCCAAGAAAAUGCCCCAAAAGCAACAGAAAGUGACCCAAUAUACCCCCAAAUCAAUCGAAAAUGACCCGAAGAUACACAAAAAUCAGCUGGCAGUGACCUAAAGUGAUUGGAAGUGACCCGAUAAUGCUCCAAAAAUCAACAGAAAGUGAAACGAAAGUACAUAAAUAUCACAAGAAAGUGACUCAAAAAUGCCCCCAAAGUUAACAGUGGCCAAAAAAUACACAAACAUCAACAGUAAAUCAAGAGAAACUGACUCAAAAAUACAUAAAAAUCAACAGGCAGCGACCUAAAAUGAUAGGUAGUGACUCGAAAAUGCUCAAAAAUCAACAGAAAGUGACCCGAAAAUACACAAAAAUCAACAGGAAGCGAUGUAAAAUUCUUGGAAGUGACCCAGAAAUCCACAGGAAGUGACCUAAAAUUAUAUGUGACCCAAUAAAAUGCCCCAAAAGCAACGGAAAGUGACCCAAAAGACCCCUAAAUCAAUCAAAAAUAACCCCAAAAUCAACAGAAAAUGACCCGAAAAUACACAAAAAUCAACAGGCAGUGACCUAAAAUGAUAGGAAGUGACACAAAAAUGCCACAAAAUCAAGAGAAAGUGACCCAAAAAUCUGCAUGAAGUGACCUCAAAUUAUACGUGACCCAAGGAAAUGCCCCAAAAGCAACAGAAAGUGACCCAAUAUACCCCCAAAUCAAUCGAAAAUGACCCAAAAUCAACAGAAAAUGACCCAAAGAUACACAAAAAUCAGCAGGCGGUGACCUAAAGUGAUUGGAAGUGACCCGAUAAUGCUCCAAAAAUCAACAGAAAGUGAAACGAAAGUACAUAAAAAUCACUCAAAAAUGCCCCCAAAGUUAACAGUGAACAAAAAAAUACACAAACAUCAACAGUAAGUCACCUGAAAUUAUAGGAGGUGAUUCUAAAAUGCACGAAAAUUAAGAUGGAGUGACCUAAAAUUAUAGGAAGUGACUCAAAAAUGCCCCCAAAUUAACAGUAACCCAAAAAUACACAAAAAUCAACAGGAAGUGAUGUAAAAUUCUAGGAAGUGACCCAAAAUUAUAAAUGACCCAAUAAAAUGCCCCAAAAGCAACAGAGUGACCCAAAAUACCCCUAAAUCAAUCAAAAAUAACCCCAAAAUCAACACACAGUGACUUAAAAUGAUAGGAAGUGACCCAAAAAUGCCACAAAAUCAAGAAAUAGUGACCCAAAAAUCUGCAGCAAGUGACCUAAAAUUAUACGUGACCCAAUAAAAUGCCCCAAAAACAACAGAAAGUGACCCAAAAGACCCCCAAAUCAAUCGAAAAUGACCCAAAAUCAACAGAAAAUGAACCGAAAAUACACCAAAAUCAAUCGAAAAUAAUCCCAAAAUCAACAGAAAACGACCCGAAAAUACACAAAAAUCAACAGGCAGUGACCUAAAAUGAUAGGAAGUGACCCAAAAAUGCCACAAAAUCAAGAGAAAGUGACCCAAAAAUCUGCAGGAAUGUGACCUCAAAUUAUACGUGACCCAAGAAAAUGCCCCAAAAGCAACAAAAAGUGACCCAAAGUACCCCCAGAUCAAUCGAAAAUGACCCAAAAUCAACAGAAAACGACCCGAAGAUACACAAAAAUCAGCAGGCGGUGACCUAAAGUGAUUGGAAGUGACCCCAUAAUGCUCCAAAAAUCAACAGAAAGUGAAACGAAAGUACAUAAAUAUCACAAGAAAGUGACUCAAAAAUGCCCCCAAAGUUAACAGUGGCCAAAAAAUACACAAACUUCAACAGUAAGUCACCUGAAAUUAUAGGAAGUGACCCCAAAAAAUUCCCCAAAUCAAGAGAAACUGACUCAAAAAUACAUAAAAAUCAACAAGCAGUGACCUAAAAUGAUAGGUGGUGACUCGAAAAUGAUCAAAAAUCAACAGAAAGUGACCCGAAAAUACACAAAAAUCAACAGGAAGCGAUGUAAAAUUCUUGGAAGUGACCCAAAAAUCCACAGGAAGUGACCUAAAAUUAUAUGUGACCAAAUAAAAUGCCUCAAAAGCAACAGAAAGUGACCCAAAAUACCGCUAAAGCAAUCGAAAAUAACCCCAAAAUCAACAGAAAAUACACAAAAAUCAACAGACAGUGACCUGAAAUGAUAGGAAGUGACCCAAAAAUGCCACAAAAUCAAGAAAAAGUGACCAAAAUAUCUGCAGCAAGUGACGUAAAAUUAUACAUGACCCAAUAAAAUGCCCCAAAAGCAACAGAAAGUUGUUAUCCAUCAUGCCUCCUAGCAUGCAUUGCAGCAGUACAGAUGUAAAUAGCAAUCAAAAGUCAUGUUCGGUAUAGGGCUGUCAAACGAUUAAAAUUUUUAAUCGAGUCAAUUACAGCUUAAAAAGUAAUUAAUCGCAAUUCAAACCAUCCAUAAAAUAUGCCAUAUUUUUCUGUAAAUUAUUGUUGGAAUGGAAAGAUAAGACACAAGCUGGAUAUAUACAUUCAACAUACGGUACAUAUGUACUGUAUUUGUUUAUUAUAACAAUAAAUCAACAAGAUGGCAUUAACAUUAUUAACAUUCUCUUAAAGUGAUCCAUGGAUAGAAAGACUUGUAGUUCUUAAAAGAUAAAUGUUGGUACAAGUUAUAGAAAUUUUGUAUUAAAACCCCUCUUAAUAUUUUCGUUUUAUUAAAAUUUGUAAAAAUUUCAAUCAAAAAAUAAACUAGUAGCUCGCCAUUGUUGAUGUUAAUAAUUACACCAUGCUCACUCAUGGUACU